AUGAGAGAAAUUGUUCAUAUCCAAGUCGGGAGGUGUGGCAAUCAGAUUGGAUCUAAGUUCUGGGAAGUUAUCUCCGAUGAACAUGGCAUUGAUCCAACUGGCGUGUACCACGGCGACUCCGACCUUCAAUUAGAACGCAUACAAGUCUACUACAACGAAGGACUAUCCGCCAAAUUCGUACCAAGAGCUGUACUGGUCGAUUUAGAACCGGGAACCAUGGACACCAUUAGAGGAGGAGUCUACGGACAGAUAUUCAGACCAGACAACAUCGUAUUUGGCGUCACUGGAGCAGGCAACAACUGGGCUAAAGGAUACUACACAGAAGGGGCAGAUUUGCUUGAAUCUAUCCUCGACGUUGUGCGAAAAGAAGCUGAGGGCUGUGAUUGCUUGCAAGGAUUCCAAUUAGUUCAUUCUCUUGGAGGUGGCACCGGUUCCGGAUUAGGAACGCUGCUUUUGGCGAAUUUAACGGAAGAAUAUCCAGAUAGAAUUUUGGUUACCUACUCUGUGGUACCCAGUCCUAAGGUUUCUGAUACCGUUGUGGAGCCAUACAACGCCACCUUAGCAGUAAAUCAGUUGAUAGAGAACUCCACGCAAUCUUAUUGUAUCGACAAUGAGGCUUUAUACGACAUUUGUUUCCGAACACUAAAACUGCCUACUCCGACGUAUGGAGACUUGAAUCAUCUGGUGUCUUGUACCAUGUCAGGCGUUACAACUUGUCUUAGGUUCCCUGGGCAGCUAAACGCAGAUCUGAGAAAGCUAGCCGUGAAUAUGGUCCCGUUCCCUAGACUGCAUUUCUUCAUGCCUGGUUUUGCUCCUCUAACGUCUCGAGGGAGUCAAAAAUAUAGAGCUCUUACAGUACCAGAGCUUACACAUCAGAUGUUCGAUGCCAAAAACAUGAUGGCAGCGUGCGAUCCUCGACACGGCAGAUAUUUGACAGUAGCAGCAAUCUUUCGUGGUCGAAUGUCCAUGAAGGAGGUAGACGAACAGAUGUUAAAUAUCCAGAAAAAGAAUAAGGAGUUCUUUGUGGAAUGGAUACCGAACAACGUGAAGACUGCUGUAUGUGACAUACCUCCGCGAGGUCUGAAGAUGUCUUCCACCUUUAUUGGGAACACUACAGCUAUACAGGAGUUGUUCAAACGUAUUUCGGAGCAAUUCACGUCAAUGUUUAGGAGGAAAGCCUUCUUACACUGGUAUACUGGUGAAGGUAUGGACGAGGCUGACUUCACCGAUGCUGACAACAACCUCAGUGACUUGAUAUCCGAGUAUCAGCAGUACCAGGACGCAACUAGCGAGGACCAGGAGUUUGAAGAUGAAGAUGACGCCGAGGAGGCCAAUGAAAGUGAUGGAUAA